GUUAUGUGAUCCAUUGGUUCUGUCUGCGUGGGUGACCGACUUCCUGGUCUGGAUUUUCCCGUCAGUGUUUUUGGAUCGAAAAUGUCUUUUUGCGGUUUUCUUCUGUAGUUUCGGUCCUCGCCUUCGUUCGCCAUGUCCGCUUCGUCGGGCCGGGAGCCGGGUCUGGGGCCCGGGAUGUCCAUGUUCCGCUGGCUGGAGGUUCUGGAGAAAGAGUUCGAUAAGGCCUUCGUGGACGUGGACCUGCUGCUGGGAGAGAUCGAUCCGGAUCAGGUGGACAUCACCUACGAGGGCCGCCAGAAGAUGACCAGCCUGAGUUCCUGCUUCGCCCAACUGUGCCACAAAACCCAGACCGUCUUCCAGCUCAACCACAAGCUGGAGGCUCAGCUGGUGGAUCUGCGCUCCGAGCUGACAGAGGCUCAGGCCGAGCGAGCGGUGGUGGAGCGAGAGGUCCAUGACCAGCUUCUGCAGCUUCAUGCUCUUCAGCUGCAGCUCCACGCUCAACAGGACCAGACUGAGGACUCUGACUCCAUCAAAGCCAGACUGGAACAGGAGCUGGAGGCCAAGAAGAAAGAGAACAUAGCCAAGGCCAGGCUGGAUGCAGAAGUGAGACUGUUCAAGAAGGAAAAUGAGGCCCUCCGCAGGCACAUGGCUGUACUGCAGGCUGAGGUGUAUGGGGCCCGAUUGGCUGCCAAGUAUCUGGACAAAGAACUGGCUGGCAGAGUGCAGCAGAUCCAGUUACUGGGCCGGGACAUGAAAGGUCCAGCACAUGACAAGCUGUGGAACCAGCUGGAGGCAGAGAUUCACCUUCAUCGCCACAAGACCGUCAUCAGAGCGUGCCGCGGUCGCAACGACUCCAAGAAGCCUCUUCCCUCUCCUGUGGGACAUGACCCAAACACACUGAAGAAGACUCAGGGGGUGGGUCCCAUCAGAAAGGUGGUGCUGAACAAAGAGGAUCAUGAGGGUCUGGGCAUCUCCAUCACGGGCGGGAAGGAGCACGGUGUUCCCAUCCUGAUUUCGGAGAUCCAUCCCGGUCAGCCGGCAGACAGAUGUGGAGGGCUGCAUGUCGGAGACGCUAUCCUCUCUGUCAACAACAUCAAUCUGCGAGACGCCAAACACAAAGAGGCGGUCACCAUCCUGUCACAGCAGCGAGGACAGAUCGAGUUCGAGGUGGUGUACGUGGCUCCGGAGGUGGACAGCGAUGAUGAUAAUGUGGAGUAUGAAGAUGACAGCGGACAUCGCUACCGACUCUACCUGGAUGAACUGGAAGACAGCGGCACAGCACCACCUGGCAGCAGCACAGCUUCACUGCAAGCUAUGGAGAAGAUGUCUCUGAAUCAGGGAGCAGAGAACGGCGACACUGGGACCUCUGCUGAGACGGCCUCAGAGGAAACGUCUUCACAGCCCGUGCAGAAGGAGGCCUCCCACUAGAGGCGUGGCCUAAUGGAGGAGCCUGGAAGUCUUCUGUUGUCUUUAACCCCGUGGUCACUGCCUGUGGACUUUGUUUCCCAAAUUGUCUCGUGACAAACUGUGGGGACGGUUGGGUUCAAAGUCCACGUGGAGCAGAGGAGUGACCUUUUUUAAAGAAGAUAAUCCCCUUAACUUUACAGCUGUGUGAUGUCAUCAAGCUCUUCCAGUGACAAGGUGGCAGAGUUUUAAUGUGGGUCAUCACACGGCGCAGCAGGGAUUCUUGGAGAAAAUCGCACACACGACUCUUUGAUGUGAUGAUUUAAAGGUGUUUCUCAUUCAAAGCAGAUAUUCAAAUGUCCUUUAAACUUCCUGUUCCUGUGUGUGUGUCAUUUUUAGUUGUGUAAUGCCUGAGGUCUUUCACACUUUAUGAUGUCAUAAAGCGGCACUGAUCAUGUUUUUCUGUCUGAACUCCUCUCAGCACUUUGAUCGCUGUUCAUGUUGCGUCGCACAGAUGGAGGUCGUGUGUGUUUGCAAAAACGGACAAAAAAGGACGACGUCUUCACACUUCCUGUUAUACACGAAGGUUCGAGUGUCCCGUUUGCAAAUUACAUCAAAGGAAAAAAUGAAUUCUGCUCUUUCAUCUAAAGCAGCAGGAGCACCUGGGAUUUCAGAAUAAGAUGAAGGUUUAUGUCAUGUGGUGAGUUCUUAAACACUGUAUCUCGUUGGUCCGACUCGCACCGGUCAUUGUCACUUGUUUUUCUGGAAACAUUAAAUUUUCGGAUCAUUGUAGCCCAAAUUAAAGGAAGAUAAACUUCAUUUUAGCGCUCAUUUUGGUUCUGAAGUCUAAUCUGCUUCUUUGUUGCUGAUAAAUUCAACUUAUGCAGUUUAACACUUCAAUAAAGUUUGGUUGUGGUUU